GGCUCUUUUAGGAAAAAGAAUAUGUGCAAACAUAGCAUUGAUUAAAGUUUUAUUUUUUUUCUUGAAGAUGUCCCAGCCUAAAAAUUGAAAGCCUACUAUUCAAGUUAAAAAAAAAAGUCAACAUCUUCAGAAAACAAUAAAUAAAAAGUGGCUUCUUUAGGAAAAACAUGUGCAAACAAAGUAUUGACUAAACAUUUUUCUGUAAAUGUAUGCGUGAUGAGUCGGGUCGAUCUGUCAUACUGGGCUUGCAGUUCGGUUAUUUUGCGUGCCCUCAGCUCAGACUUCAAGGGAUAACUUUGCUCAAAUGAGCUGUGCUUAGAUUCGUAGUGGCGCUUCACGUUGCCACUUUUAAUUAGUGCCACGCUUUCGGAGCAGAUGAGGCACACUGGUUUGGAGCUGCUUGCAGGAAGAAUGAACAAAAAUUUCUCUGUCCAUUCCUCUUUGAAACAACGGUUUUCCGCAUCAACUUUGCGUCUUUUGGAGCAAGCCAUGCUCUCAUCUGUCUCUUCCUCUCUGCUGUGGUGCACUGAGAGCGCAAGGUCAAGGCAGCACCAGCACGCUCGAACGCUCUCCACCCCCGCUCCCACCCUCACCCCCACACUAUACACUGCCCGCGUGUCGCCUGCUGGCUGCCACCGUCCACCACCUCGUCACCAUGGUGAAAGGUGCAUGCCACCCAGAUACCCACCACGCCCUUUGGUCAUACCUGCCACCCUGCAUAUUAGCUUGACCUUCCUACUGCAGGAAAUUGAGAGUGUUCACGCUCUCACUGGCCUGUUGACACCUGCCAGCGUUGCACGGCGCCCCGCCACCCGCCACACCCUCCCUCCCUGCUGUCACCCGGCCGCAGAUUGGUCACGGGUCCGGACAGAACCAUCGCUCGGUCCGGAUCCGGACCGGGGUCCGCCAUUUGGUGAUGCCUGCUGUAGACCCAUUAGAAUAGCUAUUAAUUCCAAACAAUUGAUAUGAUCCAGUUCAUCAUGAGUCCAGUGACCACCAGUUCUGGCAUCCCUCACUACUGCACCCCAACCAGUCAGGGAAGCAUCACAAAACGAUUCUAGUUGGUAGGGACUGGAUUGUAACAACUUUGUUUGUGAAUCAGCAUUAUUAACCCACCAGUUGAUUAAAUCCCGAGCAUGACUGUCCAAGAGAACAGGUGAGCUAUAAUUCCCAUGAUGGCUUGCGAGUCCCCAUGUUAUGAAUUAUUUCCAAGUACUUAUACCUGAGUGGUGCCAACUCCACAGUAGGAUCAGAGGCUACAGCCAUAACAAUAAAAGAGGAGAGCUCAAGUAAUGAUACUACAUCUUUGUUCAGUAGUAGUAAACCCUGCAUCUUAAUGUGCUUUUUCCUCCUGGGUGUCAAAGUGGCAGUCAUGUCAAAAGAAUUUAAUAUCACACCAAGAAACUCAAUCUCUUAGGUAGGUUCUAGAACUGAUUUGUGAGGAUUUACAGUGAGCCCUAGGGAGUCAAAAAGGUGCAGGGCGUAACACACAUUAAAUCUUAAAAUAUCAGCAGAGUCAGCAAUGAAAAUGCAAUCAUCCAAGUAGCAUGACACGAAAAUUCCCACCUUAUGAAGAUGCGAGAGGACAGGUUUCAACAAUUUAGUGAAAAUGCAAGGUGCUGAAGUCAAGCCCUGUGGAAGACAAGUGAAGCAGAACUACGCCAAGUAAAUUGAAACCAGUUCCUGUCCUUUGGCCUCACAUAGACUGAAAAAUAUGCAUUUGUGAAGUCAAUAGACUUGAAAUAACAAUUGUGGUGGAUUAAGGGAAUCACAUCUUUGAGAGUAUCCAUCUUAAAAUGUAUAUGGUCAACAUAUGCAUUAAGUUCUUUCAAAUU